AUGGAGGCUGCUAUUUCAAACAAGAAUGGGAAGAUUUGGGUUUUUGUGGAUGCUACAGUCCAAUGGGAAGUAAUAAUGGAUGAAGAUCAACAAAUCACUUUGAAGAUCCAUCACCAAGACAUAGAGAAAGACAUUAUUGCUACUUUUGUCUAUGCUAAAUGUGAUGAAGAAGAAAGGCUAGUAUUGUGGGAUAAUCUGUAUCAAUUAGCAAAUUCUAUGAAUUUGCCUUGGAUGGUUGGGGGAGAUUUUAAUGUUAUUCUAUCAGAUGAGGAGAAAUUGGGAGGCUUACUUGUCACAUUGGUUGAAUGUGAAGAUUUUGCAUACUGUGUAAAUUCUUGUGAUUUAUUUGACAUGGGUUUUAAAGGAAGUCCAUAUACAUGGUGGAAUGGUAGGGCAGCAGAGGACUGUAUUUUUAAAAGAUUGGACAGAAUUGUGGUAAACUUCCUAUUUCAGGAAAUUCUUCCACAUAUUGAAGUGGAACAUUUGACAAGAACAGGAUACACUUAUGGAGAGAUCUUCAAGCAAUUAUCUAUCAGAGAGGAAGUGGUUAGGGUGAAGGAGCAACUAUUUGAAGAAGAUCCUAGCAUAAUCAACAAAAUUGUGCUUCAGAAGGCACAAACAGAGUUGAAAAAGUAUCUAAACAUUGAAGAACAAUAUUGGAGGCAGAAAGCUGGUUUUUCCUGGUUCACUGAAGGAGACAGAAACACUAACUUUUUCCAUAAUCAUGUGAAUGGCAAGAGGAAAAAGUUACAACUAAAAAGAAUUCAGGAUUGCAAUGGUGUAUGGUUGGAUUCAAUAGAUCAAAUCUCAGAGGAAGCAGUGAAUUUUUUCACAAAACAGUUCACUCAGGAAGGAGAUACAGUGGACUAUGAGCUUCUUCAGCAUGUCCUAUCCAUGGUUACACAUGAACAAAAUAUUGCCCUUUGUUCUUAUCCCUCCAAGAAUGAAGUCAAAAGGGCAGUUUUUGCAUUAGGUGGAGAUAGUGCUAGUGGUCCAGAUGGGUUUACAGGCUUAUUUUAUCAGCAGUGUGGGAUAUAG